AUGAAAAUCCCAAAUUCAGAAACUGACCAUCUAUGGGAGUCCUCAGAAUGGAGACCGAUACAAGUAAUUUUGAAAUAUUCGGUUCAUUGGAUUAGUCCCCAUUCUCAAGCCUACAUCUAUAUAUAUACUAGAUCGACCUUUCUCAACCAGGGUGCCCUGAAAUUUCUUCAGGGGUGCCUUGGCAAAAUGUCUAAAAAUUGCCAAAAACCUGUAUACAAGCCAGCCGGUGAAACAAAACUGCCUUCUAGUUACACCAAGCCACAGGUUUUCAUUGUGCAUCUAUUUGACCUUCUAGCGGCAUCCUCACAACCAAUGACAUCAUCAGUU